CAAUCAACAUUUCAAAUUUCCGGUAAACUCUGCGUGGAAAAUGGGUUUAUGGGAGUCUUGAUCCAUAUCUUCUUCUCGCCAAUCCAAACAACUUACAGUCAACCCCGUCAACACCCCCUCCCCCCUCCGAGAUCAGAAGUUUCGGGGGGCUUAGGAUCACCAACAGCAUCGAAUCAACAUGAAUUCAUCCAGUUGUGUGAUUGUUACGUUUCUGCUACUCUUUAUCGGAUGUUCUGCGAGGAGACACUAUCCCCUUCCAAGCGAUAACGGAAGUACUAAAAAGCCCCUACAGACUUUUCGUCCGUUUAAUGUUGCACACCGCGGUUCAAAUGGAGAACUCCCAGAGGAAACUGGUCCUGCUUACUUGAGAGCAAUUGAAGAAGGCACGGACUUCAUAGAAGCAGAUAUUUUAGUUAGCAAAGACGGUGUUCUUAUGUGCCAUCACGAUGUUACACUUGAUGAAACAACUGACGUCGCAGAACACAAGGAAUUUGCAGACCGAGUGAAGACCUAUGAAGUUGAGGGAAAAAAUACAACUGGACUUUUCAUAUUUGAUUUUACACUUAAAGAACUAAAAACUUUGAGGGCAAAGCAGAGGUUUGAAUUCCGUGAUCAGCAAUAUAACGGAAAGUUUCCUAUCAUUACAUUUGAAGAGUACAUUCAAAUUGCAUUAAAUGCACCACGGGUUGUUGGAAUAUAUCCCGAAAUUAAGAAUCCUAUAUUGAUGAACCAGCAUGUGAAAUGGCGGAAAGGGAAAAAGUUUGAAGAUGUUGUCGUGGAAGUACUUAAGAAAUACGGGUAUAAGGGUACAUAUUUAUCAACGGAAUGGCUAAAACAACCGUGUUUUAUUCAGUCAUUCGCCCCGUCAUCACUUGUUCGUAUCCACAACCAAACAGAUUUACCCAAGAUAUUCCUAAUUGAUAAUGUGGAUGUUAGAACCCAAGACACCAAUCAGACGUAUGCAGAAAUCACUUCAGAUGAUUAUUUUAACUACAUCAAAGAAUAUGUUGUCGGGAUUGGUCCGUGGAAGGAUACCAUUGUUCCUGUGAAAGAUAACUACACUCAAAAACCUACUGAUCUCGUGACCAGAGCACACGCUCAUAAUCUGCAGGUGCAUCCAUACACUUACCGCAAUGAAAACCAGUAUUUGCAUUUCAACUUCUCUCAAGACCCUUACUUGGAAUAUGAUUACUGGAUUAACACAAUUGGAGUUGAUGGCCUUUUUACCGAUUUCACCGGUAGCCUCCACCGUUACCAGGAAUGGACCUCUCCAUCUCCCGGGAAGGUUGAUGCCACCAAAUUAUUGCAAAAUAUUUCUAAAAUGAUCAGAAAAUUUGAGAUAUCUAUCAGAAAUUAGAUAGCUUCUUUCAAACAUAAAUUAUGUUUGUGUAUUUUCUUGGCUGUAAAAUUACUAUUUUACCCUUGACGUUAGGAGCGUCAAAGUUUGAUCAUAUCACUAAUAAAAGUUUACAUAUCAAACGUUCAAACACGAAA